AUGGCCGCCCCCGCCCAACCAGCACAAACCGACCCCCCCGCCCCCAUCGACGCCAACAAAUACCGCGGCGCCACCGUCGAAGACCUCGACCUCCCCCCCGCCCUCUCCAUCACCCCCACCACCCCCAUCGCCACCGCCCUGGCAAUGUCCUACGACCGCGACUACUCCCAACUCACCGUCAUCUCCCCCAGCACCCGGUCCCUCCUAGGCUACCUAUCCGUGCCGCGCCUCAAAGCGCUCCUCGCCUCUCCCACAUCCGGGGUGAAGGAGACCGACACGGUGGAUAAGGCCAUGAAUCGCUUUGAUAGGAGGAAGGGCGUCAAGGUGUACAAGGUCAUCACGCCCAGCACGGGGCUGGAGGAGCUGGAGGAGUUUUUGAAGAGGGAGGAGUUUGCGGUGGUGACGGAUGCGGGGAGGAGGUUUGUGUUGGGCGUGGCGACGAGGGGGGAUCUGGUGGAGUUUGUGAGGAGGAGGCCGGGGUAG